AUGGAAUACGUUACACUGACGACUGGGGCCAAGAUGCCCCUCCUUGGUUAUGGAACCUGGCAGGCAAAGGAUGAAACCGAAUUGUCGGCUGGGCUACGAGCAGCCCUUGACUACGGCUAUCGCCUUAUCGAUACCGCUUAUCUCUAUGGAAAUGAGCAUAUCAUCGGAAAUGUCCUCAAGGAAUACUUCGACGCCGGGAAACUGAAGCGCGAGGAUAUUUUCGUGACUACAAAGCUCCCAUUCACCGCUCAUCACCCCACCGAUGUUGAUGAGGUGGUCACCCACCAGUUGAAGGCGCUCCAGCUGGACUAUGUCGAUUUGUACCUCAUGCACAGCCCCUGUCCAUUUAAGAAACAAAUCGAUUCGUUCGCGGCUCAAGCCGUUGACGGGCAAAUGGUUGCUGAGGACGUACCGCAUAUCGACACUUGGCGAGAAUUUGAACGAUUGUUUAAGGAGGGAAAGCUUAGGGCAAUCGGCUUGUCGAACUUUAACGAUGAUCAGGUCAAGGAUCUCUACGAAAAGGCUGAGAUCAAGCCCCACAACCUCCAGGUCGAAGCCCACAUCUACUGGCCCCAAUACGAGCUGGCCGAUCUUUGCAAGAAGCUCCACAUUUCGUUCACCGCCUACGCCCCGAUUGGAUCGCCAGGCCGCAAGGCUGCCCGUCCGGAUGGAAACUGGCCGGAGGGAGACCCACUUGUCGAGCCGGUCGUUCAGGAGAUUGCCAAGAAACACGGAAAGACACCGGCUCAGGUACUUCUGCGUCACCUCGUUCAGCGCGGUAUCUCUGCCAUCCCGAAAUCGGUACGCCCGGACAGGAUCCGCGAGAAUUUCGACAUCUUUGACUUCAAGCUCUCCUCCGAGGAAGUGCAUGAGCUUGAGGCAAUUAAGACGCGUGUUCGUCUCUUCGUCUUUGAUUUCGGCCGUGGCCACCGCUACUUCCCCCACAAGGACCUCGCU